AUGAACUUGCCCCGCAACCUCUCUUCCCCCUCAAGAAACUCUCCCGAAUACGAGUUGACUCCCGAAACCUCCCAAGAGAAUGUGUCCACCAGAGAAAACCAUCCCACAUGCGCGCGACACCAGCAAUCCCAUCACGAGUCGCCUCUACUACGCCUGCCCGCUGAGCUGCGCAACAUCGUAUACGAGCAGGUCCUAAGCGACGCAACGAUCAUGGUCUGCAACAUUGCCACUUCCGACGCUUACCAAACCUUACCUUCCCACUUGCAUUAUCCACGUCAUCUUCUACAAAUCCUCCAAGUCUGUAGACAGACAUACUCUGAGACGCGGACCCUGAUCUUAAAAUUCAACAAGCUCUUGGGCUUUUGUGAAGAAAUCUGCGACUACCUGGAGCAAUGUACACUCACCCAUUACCAGAAAGCUGCCACAGACACGAUCUACCUUUACUCGCCCGGCUUCUGCGAUUGUGGUUUGUCUGUUACGCCUUCCGUUGCCGCACUAGACUCACCUGUCGGAGAAGCCUUGCUAUAUCUUCAAAGACUACAGGGCCUCCGCAAGAUCGUUGUCUACCACUUCCACUUCGAGCGCUCUUCAUCGCUUGAAUGA